AUGGAGCUCUCCGCCGCCUUCGAGGAGCGCGUCCGGCAGAUGGAGGACGCCCGCAACCACCGCCUCGCCCUCCUCAACGUCUCCUACGCCGCUCCCCUCCUCAUCUCGAAUUCCCUCAUCUCCCUCCUCUCCGAAACCCUCCGAACCCUGACUCCCCGGCCUCACCGCGGCGCCUCUCUCCUCCCCCUUGAUGCGCAGGCCGAGAAGGAGAUCCAGGCCGCCAAGCUCCGCAUUCUCUCCGCCAAGCUCGCCGCCACGCGCCGACUCGAGUGCCGCCGCCUACUCCUCGAGCGCCGCGCCGCCGACCUCGCCUCCCGCGCCCUCGCCGCCCGCGCCGACAUCGACGCCGCGCGCGCGCGCCGCCUCCUCGUCGCCCGCGACCUCAGCUCGGUGAGGGGCGAGAUCGAGGAGGCCGAGAGGAGGGAGGAGGACUGGGACCGCUUCUACGAGGCCAAGAGGAAGGAGAUGGAGGAGUUCCAGGUGGAGUCGCGGCGGUUCGUGGCGGAGACUCGCGAGGAAGUGCAGAGGCUGAGGGAUUCGGUAUCUCAAAGCAGCGCGAUGUACUCAAACAACACGGAGAUUGCUGCCGCAGAAGCUAGGAAGUCUGAUCUGACAGCUAAGAAGGCAAAGCUGGGCGAGAGCCUGGCUUCAGCCCGCCAGUUCAGAGCGCUGCUUCAGCAGCAGCUCCAGAAAGCUUUUCAGUCACAGGUGGACAAUGGGGAUCAGAAAGAAGCUCAAGCUACCAUUUGA